GUCAAUUGCUCAUUCAUACAUCAUCUUUACUCGAGCUCAGUUAUAGUUUUACUCUUAUAAAUAUACUAAACACAUUAAUAAAGUUUCAAAAUUUGUGUAUUACCCAUUAUGACUGUGACAAACAAGGAGCUUAACAAGGACAAUGCCAAUGUUUCGGAGACUCCCGGCAAAGCUGUUAAUCAGAGAGUCAGCCGCAGCUCCUUUGAACCUUUACCGCGGAUUGAUGACAGGCAGACAUUUGAGUUUGUCCAACGUAAAGUGACGAUCAUGUCGUCGCAAAGUCCCUUCGCGGUUUCAAAAAAGAAACUGAAGCCUUGGAAGAGGAAGGUGAGUUCGCGGACUUUUAUAGCUCUGACAUUGAAGUCACUGUCUAGACGUCGAGAUCUAAGCACAGUUCUGCUACUUAUAUGUCCCUCGUCGAAGUGCGAUUGCCAUAGGAUCCACAUAUAUAGCUCUAGAAGCCAUAAACAUUUGGGCUCGGCGAAGCUGACCAUAGAAGAGGCGGAUUUGCUCGAAAGCCAUCGCAGUCUGGACAACUAUUCGGUGGCCUACUGCUCACUGCCCCUCACCCUGCAGGACGCAGCUAGCAAUAGCCUGAUCAAGAAGCAGAUCUUCGAUUUAGCCCAGGAUCCGUCGCAGAUUCCGCGGCAUUUAUUGCACCAGGGCAAACCGCUAUGCAUUUCCCAUAAGUCCAAAAGUUUCUUCCUAAACGAUAAGGGUGACGACCAAUAUAUAAUGGGGGACUUCAAGGAUCAAUCAAACAAAACUAUUAACAGCAGAACGUUGGAAGAAAGGUUCCUGUUUUUGAAGUCUCAGGAUAAAAAGGAGCAGAAGAAGGCUCUGCAGUCGAGACUCAUCAUAAAGGAGAGACAAUCCCAACUCCGCCUACUAGCCCGGAAAAUUCGUCAGCGCUCAUACAGGGAGUCAGUGGCAGAACCUGUCAAAAGUCUAUCUGAAAGAAAAAAAAGCGUUCACACCAGUCCGCUUUUGACACCGGGAUCAGCGUAUAAUAGCCAAACAGCUAUUUCCGGAACUGACGAUGCUCAGGGGGACAGUCAACAAACAUUACGCGAGUCUCCGCGUCGUUUUACAUCUACAUCUCUCUGCAAACCCAUAACUAAUGAGUUUCCUAAGGACAAAAAGGAAGAUGAGCGUUCGUCACAGAAGAGGAUUCGAAAAACCAUGCCCGAGUCUCCGCGUCGACUUCCAUCUAUCCGAAACUAUUCUAUGCGCCAAAUCAAACACAAAAAGAAACGAAAAGAGCAUCAUCGCAAGCCACAGGAGCAGAACCAACGAGAGCUAGUCUUCUCUCCGACUCGCGAUUCCGUUCUGCACAAGCGAGUAGCUGAAGAAGAUGACCCAAACAAACAAGACGAGGACUGUGGCAACGUACAGGGGGAGAGUCAUCAAGCAUGGCCCCAGCUUAAAAAUGAUGAAGCCCAGAGGAAUCCAGAAGAAAACAGCAGCUUAAAAGAGGAGCAUAUUCCGCAACCUUUGCCUGAGUCUCCGCGUCGACUUCCACCAACACGCAACAGUGCUUCGGCUGAAGACAAAACAGGUGAGCUCCAAAAGAAACGAAAAGAGCACCAUCGCAAGCCACAGGAGCAGAACCAACGAGAGCUAGUCUUCUCUCCGACUCGCAACUCCGUUCUGCAAGAGCGAGUAGCUGAAGAAGAUGACCCAAACAAACAAGACGAGGACUGGGGCAAAGUACAGGAGGAGAGUCAACAAGCAUGGCCCCGGGUUAAAAAUGAUGAAGCCAAGAGGAAUCCAGAAGAAAACAGCAGCUUAAAAGAGGAGCAGAUUCCGCAACCUUUGCCUGAGUCUCCGCGUCGACUUCCACCAACACGCAACAGUGCUUCGGCUGAAGACAAAACAGGUGAGCUCCAAAAGAAACGAAAAGAGUACCAUCGCAAGCCACAGGAGCAGAACCAACGAGAGCUAGUCUUCUCUCCGACUCGCAAUUCCGUUCUGCACAAGCGAGUAGCUGAAGAAGAUGACCCAAACAAACAAGACGAGGACUGUGGCAACGUACAGGGGGAGAGUCAUCAAGCAUGGCCCCAGCUUAAAAAUGAUGAAGCCAAGAGGAAUCCAGAAGAAAACAGCAGCUUAAAAAAGGAGCGGAUUCCACAACCGUUGCCCAAGUCUCCGCGUAGACUUCCACAUAUACGCAACACUGCUUUGGCUCAAGGCAAAACAGAUGCACUCGGAAAGAAACGAGAAGAAGAUAGGCGCAAGCAACAGGAACGGAACCAACGAGUUCUAGCCUUCUCUCCCACUCGCAAUUUCGAUCUACGCAAGCGAGUAGCUCAAGAAGCUGCCCCAAACAAACAAGAGAAGAGUCUACCGACUAUGCUCGAAUUUCCGCGUCGUCUACCAUUUAUGCGUAGCACUGCUCUGCGCAAACUCAAAGCUUAUGCGGCUUCGAGGAAGAGCGCAGAGGACGACCGACCAAAACAGGAGGUAACUCAACAAACUUGGCCCGAGUCUCCGCGUCGUCUAUCAUCUAUACGUAACUCUGCCAUGCGCCGAACCGUAACAGAUGAACUUGAUGAGGAACGAGAAGAGGAAAGAUGCAAACAACAGUCUGCUCUGAGCCAACGUCAAACUAAUGAAGGUCAGAGGAAUCCAGAAGAAGACAGUGGGCUAACAGAGGAGCAGAUUCCAAAACCUUUGUCCAAGUCUCCGCGUCGACUUCCCUCUGCACGCAGCUUACCUAUGCGGCACACCAAAAUCAAAAAGAAACAAAAAGAGGACAAAAGCAAGCCACAGGAACAGAACCAACGAGCGCUAGUCUUCCCUCCGAUUCGCAAUUCCCUUCUGCACAAGCGAGUAGCUGAAGAUGAUCCAAAAAAACAAGUCGAGGAAUCGCGAUCAAAGCAAGAGAAGAGUAUACAAAUAUUGUUAGAGUCUCCGCGUCGUCUACCAUUUAUGCGGAGCACUGCUCCGCGCAAACUCAAAGCUUAUACGGCUUCGAGGAAGAGCGCAGAGGACGACCGACCAAAACAGGAGGUGACUCAACAAACUUGGCCCGAGUCUCCGCGUCGUCUAUCAUCUAUACGUAACUCUGCCAUGCGCCGAACCGUAACAGAUGAACUUGAUGAGGAACGAGAAGAGGAAAGAUGCAAACAACAGUCUGCUCUGAGCCAACGUCAAACUAAUGAAGGUCAGAGGAAUCCAGAAGAAGACAGUGGGCUAACAGAGGAGCAGAUUCCAAAACCUUUGUCCAAGUCUCCGCGUCGACUUCCCUCUGCACGCAGCUUACCUAUGCGGCACACCAAAAUCAAAAAGAAACAAAAAGAGGACAAAAGCAAGCCACAGAAACAGAACCAACGAGCGCUAGUCUUCCCUCCGAUUCGCAAUUCCCUUCUGCACAAGCGAGUAGCUGAAGAUGAUCCAAAAAAACAAGUCGAGGAAUCGCGAUCAAAGCAAGAGAAGAGUAUACAAAUAUUGUUAGAGUCUCCGCGUCGUCUACCAUUUAUGCGGAGCACUGCUCCGCGCACACUCAAAGCUUAUGCGGCAUCGAGGAAGAGCGCAGAGGACGACCGACCAAAACAGGAGGUGACUCAACAAACUUGGCCCGAGUCUCCGCGUCGUCUUUCAUCUAUACGUAACUCUGCUAUGCGCCAAACCAAAACUGAUGAACUCGAAAAGAAACGAGACGAGGGCAGUUCCAAACAACAGUCUCCUCUGAGUCAAUGCAAAACUGAUGAAGCUCGCGACGUAGACAGUUGCUCAACACAGGAGCGGAUUCCAAAACUUUUUCCAGAGUCUCCGCGUCGUCUACCAUUUAUGCGUACCUCUGUUCUGCGCAAGCCCAAAGCCAAUGAGGUUACUAAGAACAGAGCAGAAGACGGCCGUGAGGAGCGUGAACAAACUAUGCGAAUCUCCGAGUCUCCGCGUCUAUCAGCUAUCAAACGACAGUCACUGCAGGAGCAGAGCGUUCUACUUAAAAAUGCGGUGGAUAGAACGGUGCACCGAAAUGUCUCCGAGCUGGCGCGCAAGAGAUUGGGAACCACCACAUGCCGGACCCCAUACAGUGCCCCCAAAGCAGAGACCCGCGCAGAGCCAGAUAAGACUGAAGUUGUGACAUUGAUAUCGCCGGUAAAUCUGGUUGACUCGGUGGGUCAUGUACCGACGCUGUUCCCCGGCAUCGAAUGCCCCAAUUCAAUCUUCCAAAUAUCAUCAACAUCGUUUUGUCGCCUGUAUAAGCCAGUAAAGAUUCCUGCCGAGUUCUCUCCUGCAGCCUGCCUUCACCUUAAGGGAAAGUUAAGCAAACUGAACACAAAUCGAGCCUUUUCAAAAUUUGUCAAUCUAGUGAAUGCUAUCAACAGCACUGCCAAUCCCUUGGUCGAUCACCUGCUAUUCUUCUUCCAGUUCGCCGAAUUGAUUGAUUUGAAGAUGUACGCCAGAAAGAUUCUCUACCGUUCGAGGUCCUCAUCCACCGAAGAAGCGGAACCUCUACGUUUCCAAAUUGAGUGCUAUGUUUUUGAGGACCGUCGAGACUAUGUUACCUCCAUCUCCAUGGCAUCCGAGCCACUGCUGCGGAUUAGAGAAGCCAUUCCGGGAGUGGAGCGUCGCUUGAAAUUAAUCGAUGAUGUCUUUGAGCUGACCAACGUUCCCCCAAUCAUUACCAAAUGUCUAAAGAUGGCCCUAAACGCCGUUGAUGCUGCACCUCUCUACCAUAUAAUUGGUGAAAUGCUCUAUGCGAUGAAGUACCCCGAGGAGACGCUAAUUCAACUCAAUUGUACCCCUUGAGGUGAAACAUGACGAUACAUGAUGAUUAUUUGUUUUGAAAUAUAUACGAAUUUUCCUAA